AUGGCGGAAAGAGAACUCCAACCUGAGGAGAAAUUGGCUCUGAUCAAGGACCAACUACAGGAAGUCCUCCAUGAAGAUAUCCUUGAGGAUGUCGUCCUCAAGCAAAAGAGACCUCUUGUUAUUUACUGGGGAACAGCCACCACAGGAAGACCGCACUGCGGUUACUUUGUGCCGAUGAUGAAAAUCGCCCACUUCCUGCGUGCUGGCUGUCGAGUCAAGAUCCUCCUCGCCGAUAUUCACGGCUUCCUCGACAACCUCAAGGCCCCAAUUGAGCUCGUCAAAUUCCGUGCAGAGUACUACAAGUUUAUCAUACAAUCACUACUCAAAGCCGUCGGCGUCAGUCUUGAAAAGCUGGAGUUCGUGCUUGGCUCCUCCUACCAACUAAGCGCAGACUAUACGAUGGAUAUCUUUCGACUUAGUAGCGUUGUUACCGAGCACGAUGCUAAGAAAGCCGGGGCCGAGGUGGUCAAGCAAGUGGAUAAUGCGCCGCUGUCAGGACUCAUCUACCCUUUGAUGCAGGCCUUGGACGAACAGCACCUGGGUGUCGACGCUCAGUUCGGGGGGGUCGAUCAGCGGAAGAUCUUCGCCCUCGCACAAGAAACCUUGCCCAAAGUCGGCUACAAAGAGCGAGCGCAUCUUAUGAAUCCCAUGGUACCCGGCCUCGCAGGUGGAAAGAUGUCUGCCUCAGAUCCCGACUCUAAAAUUGACAUUCUCGAUACCGAGGACACUGUCAGAAAGAAGCUGAGAAAAGCCUAUGCUGCAGCAGGUGAGGUGGAGGGAAAUGGAAUUGUCUCCUUUGUCGAAUACGUGCUACUACCCAUCAGCAGCUUGCGUGAUCCCGAGGGCAGAGGCAGUUUUGUAUGUAGGAGGAGAGAAGGUGAAGGCGAACCGCUCGUCUACCAUGAUAUGGCGUCGCUGAAGGCAGAUUAUCUCGCUGACAGACUGACACCUCAACUGCUCAAAUCAGGUGCCACUGAGGCUUUGGUGGAACUGCUCGCUCCGAUUCAGGCGGAAUUCCAAGCAUCUUCUGAAUGGCAAGACAUUGAAAAGAAAGCAUACCCACCAGCAGAACCUGCAAAGAAGGAAAAGAAAAAGAAAGACAAAGGAUCUCGAUACCCUGGAGGCGGUAGUGUGCAAGCUGCCCCUGAUGGGUCUCUUAAGGGGAAGGGCAAAGAUGAAGUGGAAAUUGGCAAGUCUGCCGGUGAAGCCAUAUCCCAGCUGAACAUCAAUGGAGCCUCGUGA